AUUUUUUGAGAGUUAUAUAUUUAUUUAAUUAAAGCCAAUAAAUUUACAAAGUUUACUUAUUCUUUUAAAUUUUAGUAAAAUGGAGAAAACAUAAAGUUAAGGAGAUAAGCAAAAAGAACCUUAGUCGGUCUCAUUAUGGUAUGAUAUGGAUACUGGAAAACAUUAUUUACUUAAUAAUGUUACAGGAGAGAAAAAGAGAGUUAAUAAAACUGGAGAAUACAUAAAAAAAUUUAAUGUUAAUUUGACUGGAUAAGUUAAUCAUGAUUAGAGAGUAGCUGCAGCAAACGGAGAUGCAUAGUAUAUGCCUUUUAAAGUAAAGUCUAAAAAUUAUCAGUCUCAAAAAGCAUUAUAUACUCCAUAGAAUGAUAAAUUUUAAGGAUAUACUUAAUUUCCAUGUCCAAGAACGCAACCAUAUCAGAAUCAAAAAUAUGAAUUUAAACUGAAUAGAGAAAAGCGAAAUUUUAUUAAAAAGUGCGAAAGUUUAGUUAAAUUUGAUAACACUACUAAUUCUAGUUUAUUUAAUUAUGGAGGUGAAAAAGCCUAGAAUUUAAAAGUAUCGUUCAUAUCUCAUUAUUAGGAGAAAGAUAACGACCUAUUUGAAAAGUAGAAACAAAAUUUACUUAAGACUUUGCAAAAACACUAGGAUAUAGAAAAAGAAAAUUAAAGAAAACAAGAAGAAGAAAAUGCAGAAAAUAAAUCAAAACAAAAAAUGAAAGUAGAUGAUGUUAUUAGCUAAUAAAGAUAUACUUCAAAAGUCAAAAGUUUUAGUUAAAAGUCAUUUGGAUUCAACUCUAUUACUCCUGAUCUUUAAAGUUAAUUCAACAACCACUCUACUUUAGAAAGCAAAAAGCUUCAUAGUAUAGAUACUAUGUUCUCUAAACUUGAAGGACUUUAAACAAAAACUUUCUAAAAAGAAAUCAAGCUAAAUUUCAAUGAGCAUUAGCAAUCUGACCCAAACAUAAAGACAAUUAAAGAAUUUAACUAAGACUUAGAAAUUAAUAGAUUACUAAAGGAUUAAUAACUACCUGAAAUAAAAGAAAAAUCAACAGUUAUUACAAAAGGAAGAUUUGGUUUUAAUUUAACUGGAGAUAAAGUAUUAUACGAUGCCGAUAGAAAAAUAGUUUUAAAGAAUUUCCCUGAAUAUUUCAAUGAGAAAGUAGACACUAAAAAGCAAAGACUAAAAGAAUAAAGAAGAGAAUUACUCAAAAAAGUUAUUGAAGAAAUGCUAAUUUAUAAUGAAAAAAAUAAAAUAUGAAAAAAUUUAAAUUAUCAUAAAAAUUUAUAACAAUUUAAACUAA